AUGCUUUUGAGUCAUUGUAAUGGAAAAUAUUCACGAGAACGAAGUAGGGCUGAAGUGUUACCAUACCAAUAUGAACCAGAAGUAGGAGAAAAAACAAGCGAUGUUACCGAUCAAAGCGAUUCGGAACAAGAGAGCGAUUCAUCAUCUGACGAGGAAAUCGAUCAUGAGUUCGAAUCAGCAAACGCUUGGCGUCUUCAAACUCUAAGCUGGUGUAAAUGUGGACAUUGCACGUUAUCACCAAAACUAAUUGAAUGUUUUUGUUGUCAUGAGAAAGCAUUAGAGUACGAUGAAUAUGAUGCGCUUCUCAACCAAACUGAAAUACAAGGAGAAAAAUGCUUGACAACACACCCAGAUUUUAAAGACAACAUGCUAUCAGAAAAUGUGCUAAAGAUAGAUGUUUGUCGUUAUCUCCAGGAAAACUGGCCAUUGGAUGAUGAGGAUCUGGAAAGAAUACAUAAGCUCUAUCGACUGGUAGCAUACCACCGAUGUUCUCGCUGGGUUUUCCAGAUUUUGGGGAAAAAGAAACGAAGACCUUUCCCUGCUUGUGUGUAUUCAAAGAUACGAGAACAGUUCGCGUCGCCAGACGGCCUGUACACACAUUUUAAAUACGCCAAAACAUCUAAACGGUAA